ACCAAGAAAAGCUUGAAACUUGGUUUGUAGCAAUGUCAAACAUAAUAGGCUUCCAUUUUCAUGUAUUGAUUCUUUUGGCAUGCAGCUUUCUUGUUGUUCCGGCUAGCUCUGACUAUAGAUCACAGUCUAACAAACAAUAUGCCCUGUUUAUUUUGGGAGAUUCGGUCUUCGAUCCGGGAAAUAACAAUUUCCGCAAUGUUACCAUUGAUUUUAAGGCAGAUUUCUGGCCAUAUGGAGAGACUUUCUUCAAUUUUUCAACUGGCAGAUUCACUAAUGGUCGUAUUCUCCCCGACUUCUUAUCCAUGAACCUGAAAAUACCAUUGUGGAAACCAUAUUUAGCGCCUGGUAAGCAGAACUUCCUUCAUGGAGCCAAUUUUGCUGGUGGAGGUGCAGCUGCUCUUGAUGAAUAUAGUUACACAGGAACGAUUCCCUUUAGCGAGCAAAUAAGCUAUCUAGAGGAUGUGGCUAGUUUGCUAAAGCAGCAGCUAGGUGAUGAGAAAGCACAGAAGAUACUGAAGGAAGCAGUUUACCUGUGUAGCAUUGGAGGCAUCGACUACUUAACUUUUAGUGGAACUUACCUUAAUGCCACAGAAACAGAAGAAGAAGAAUUUGUAAAUAUGGUGAUUGGCAACAUCACAGAUGGGAUCAAGAAAAUUUAUGCAAUAGGAGGGAGGAAAUUUGCAUUUCAAAAUGUUGGUCCAUUGGGCUGUAUGCCAAUAGUAAGAAAGUUAUUUGCACUUACAAAUGAUUCAUGUUAUGAAGAUCUAUUAAAUAUAGCAGCCCUCCACAAUGAAGCUUUAGCAAGUGCUAUUGAGGAGUUAGAGACCCGGUUGCCAGCAUUCAAGUACUUGAUCUAUGAUUACUACAAUUUGCCUCUUGACAGGAUAGAAAACCCUUCAGAAUAUGGCUUCACAGAAGGAAUCAGUGCUUGUUGCGGCAAUGGGACAUUUCGCGGGUCUGAUUGUGGAAUAGAGCCAUAUGAGCUAUGCAGCGAGCCCAGUGAGUAUGUGUGGUUCGAUGGCGGCCAUCCUACUGAACAUGCCUAUGAACAACUAGCCAGGGUGGUGUGGGAAGGAGGACCAAAUGCUACCAAACCCUACAACAUGAAGCAAUUAUUUGACCUUGAAGUUGGGGAUGAGAGCACCUCAAAAUCAUGGUCUAUUAUCUAAUGAAUACUAAAUGUUGCAGAAAAUCAAAAUUUACAUUUGUAAAUAAUUGGGAAUCAGGUUUUUUUUUCCAGAUUGUUCAUAAAUGCAGAAGAAUAACUGAAUCAUUUUA